AAUAGCAAUGAAGAGUCCACGACUAGAAUUCUCCUUCCUUUUCUUUGCCUUUAUCACAAAACAAUUAUCAGCUGCUACUAUUCCGGUUCUCGAUUUCAGUGGUGAAAAACUCCUCACAGGCACCGAAUACUACAUUCUGUCGACAUUCCAGGAUCCUGCAAAGAUUUGUAGUGGUCUCAAUAUUUUCAAUGGUACAAGCAAAACCUGCCCACUGAAUAUUAUCCAAGAACAGUUGGAAUUUCAAAAGGGUGUUGCAUUAACAUUUUCGCAUGCUGAUGAUCAAGAAGGUGUUGUUUACAAAUCCCUUGAUCUAAACAUCAAAUUUUCGACUGCGGAAAGUAUAUGUAGCCAGCCAACAGUGUGGAGAGUUGGUGACUUCGAGAUUUCAACAGGACAGUGGUUUAUAACUGGUAAUGGAGUUGAAAGAAACCCUGGAGCUCAAACAUUGGAAAGCUGGUUUAAGUUGGAGAAGAAUUCAGUAAAUACAUACAAGAUAAGACAUUGUCCUUCAGUGUGCAGCUCUUGUGUAAGUUUGUGUAGCGAUGUUGGCAUUUAUUCAGGCGGUGGUGUGAAACGUCUGGCUCUCAUUCACACUCCAUUAGCAAUCACGUUUAUCAAGGGAAAGAAGUAAUACAAGCUAGUUUUGCUUGAGCGAUCUAAAUUAUUAAAUUAUUGAUCCAA